CUCUCUUUCUCUUUCUCUCUCUCAUACACACACUCACACAUUUUAGCUCACCGCCUCUAUAUAUUCCCCCCAAACGGCCUAACAAAACAAACCCUGUAGUUUUCUUGGUCUUCAAGCUCAUACAAAUCCACAGGGCAAAAAAAAGAUUCCAACUUUUCAAAAAUGGAAGCUGCAAAAAUGGACACUGAAGGUUCUUCACAGGCUGCUACAGAGCUGCAUGUUCUUGUUGUUGAUGACAGUCUUGUGGACAGGAAGGUUGUCGAGCGCCUGCUCAAGAUUUCUGGCUGCAAAGUGACUGCCGUGGAAAGUGGGACGAAGGCUCUGCAGGUUUUGGGCCUGGACGAGGAGAAAAGCUCUGAUGGAUUUGAUGGCUUGAAGGUGGAUCUGGUAAUCACUGACUAUUCUAUGCCAGGAAUGACUGGGUUUGAGCUUCUCCAAAAGAUCAAGAGCUCGGCCAAGCUGAAGGACAUUCCCGUGGCAAUCAUGUCUUCCGAGAAUGUUGCUGCUCGUAUCGAAAGCUGUCUGCAGGAAGGGGCCGAAGAAUUUCUCGUGAAGCCCGUCAAGCUCCCGGACGUGCAGAGGCUCCGAGACAUCAUUCUGAGAGGUGGCGCCAAAAAGGGGAAGGAAAAAACGGGAGACGAGCCACCAAAACAGCCUGUGGCCCUCGACUCUGAUACUCAAGUGGGCCCCACAGAAGCACCUGUCGCCAGCUCAGAGGAGGUCCCGACUUCCCCUAGCUCGGGCCCACCUGUCGAGCCACCUCACCAGCUUGCUUCCAAGAGCCCGAGUUUGGCAGCUGCCUCGGACUGAGUUUGACUUUGACUUUGACUCGACCCGACUUGCAUUGACCUAAGCCUAGAGUGACUAUUGCCUAAGACAAUAUAUUAGUGGUAUUUAGUAAAUUGUUACUUUUUGAGACUUAGCCUAGUGGUUAGUAUGAUCGUUCGGGCUAUUUGUCGGUUGUUUUUGUGCCCGAUUUAGUGUUUUUCGGAGAUCCCAACUUAGCUAUAGGGCAUUAUUAGAACUCGGUUUGAAAAAAAAUUAUCUAUCCGGUGUGGUGCGGUACAUAGUAGUAGUAGUGUUUUGGGGCAUUAUGAUGACUCCAUUGGCUAGUUAUCAGCUGGUUUGUACGGCUGUGUUUGAGGAAUAUGUUUUGUCUGGAAUUUAACUGGCCAAAUAAUAUAUCAUGAUUUGAUGGAAC